AUUUGCAACUCUUCGUUGUACUACAUCUACUCCUGUCUUGUAGGCAGGCCGUUUCAAUGCAUUUCAGAGUACAGUUGUCACCGCGGGGAUGGACGCUACCGAUUUGUUUACAAGUUGCAGAAAGGGCGACAUUUCUAGAGUGAGAUACCUGGUUGAACAGAGAGAUGUGGAGCUGAAUGUACGAGACAAAUGGGACAGUACUCCUUUGUACUAUGCGUGUCUCUGUGGACACGAGGAGUUAGUUCAAUACCUGCUGGCCAAUGGAGCAAAAUGUGAGGCCAACACGUUCGACGGUGAACGCUGUCUCUACGGCGCUUUGAGCGACGCCAUCCGCCGACUGCUGAAAGAAUACAAACGCAUCACAGCUAAAGGCAUGCAGAGGGAUUACUACGACCAGUUCCUGCAAACCUUGCUUGAGCAGGGCUGCUACAGUGACGUGAUGUUUCUGGUCCAUGGAGAGACCUUCAGGGCCCAUCGCUGUGUCCUCAGCGCGCGAUCGGAAUACUUCGCUCACAUGCUGGAGACCAAGUGGAAGGGCAAAAGCAUGAUAGCCCUUAAACAUCCACUGAUCAACCCAGCAGCGUUUGCAGCCAUCCUGCAGUAUUUCUACACUGGCCGACUGGACAUCGACGUGAGUUACGUGGAGGACUGCAAGCGUCUGGCCAAACAGUGCAAAAUCAGCGAGCUCAUCGAGGAGAUGGAGAUCAAGUGCAAGCAAGUAUACGAGUUCGUGUCGUCUAAACCGGGGACGUGCGUUAAGGUGUUGACGCUGGAUCGACAUGAUUGGCAGCUGCAGGACGGGAUGGCUCUGCUGGCCGACUGCGCAGUGCCUGCUGAACUGAGGGUUGGAUAUGGUGAACUUCCCUUUGACGAAACGGACAACUUCCCAAGCUAUCCUGAUCUUUGCUUCCGAGUCGAAGGCUAUGAUUUCCUUUGCCAUAAAGCGUUUUUCUGCGGCCGUAGCGAUUACUUCAAAGCACUUGUUGAAGAUCAUUUCAGUGAGGGCGAGACCCUGGCCUCUGUACCCAGCAUCCCCGUUGUCACCCUUCACAAUAUCUCUCAUGAUCUCUUCACACGCAUCCUAUACUACAUCUAUAGUGACAAUACACAGCUCUCACAGGAUAAUGUGUAUGAGGUUCUGUGUGUGGCUGAUAUGUACUUGCUUCCGGGACUAAAGCGACUGUGUGGUAGAACUCUGGCUACGCUUCUGAACGAGGAGAAUGUUCUACACAUGUGGAAAACGGCCAAACUUUUCCGCCUCUCUCGUCUGGAGGACCAGUGCACAGAGUACAUGGCUAAGAUCAUCGAGAGGUUGGUGGAGCAGCCCGAGUUUGCGGAGAUGAUCAGAGAGGAUGCGGGGAACGUCGCAGCUCGACAGGAGACCGACUCCAUCCCUCUGGUGGAUGAGAUUCGAUUUCACAUAACCAGCAACGUGCAAACGUACAGCGCCAUCGAGGAGGCCAACCAGAAACUCAGCGCCCUGGAGCUGCUCCUCUCCAACAUCGGCCUGGAGUGCUAAAGGGAGGCAGGAGAGGGUGGAGAGAGAGAGAGGUGAAGAAGAAAGAGUGU